GCUUAUAUUUUAUUGGGAGAUGGGGAGGAAUACAGUAUUUACACAAGUGUAGAAGUAGAAGAUAAAUCUAUGUAGCUAUAAACCUAUAUCUAUAUAAAGAUAUAUCUUCUAUUUAUACACAUGUAUAUGUAUGCAUGUAUGUAUAUAUGUGUGUGUGUGUGUUUAUAUGAAUUAAUAAAAAGUAGUUACAAGAGGGGACAGAGUGCUAAUAAUUGAGGGGAUUAGGAAGGCCCCCAUGUCCUUCCCUCCUUCCCUUCUAGGGUAGUGGGAAAAGUGCCUUUCAAAGUGGUAUACAUGUGGGUUAUUAUUACUGUCUAACUCAUCAAUGGGAUGGCCUUUCUCCCUCCAUCUACUGCCAUAUUUGUUUUGCCAACCUCAUGCCCUAGACUCAGGUGAUUGACUGGCUAUUUAGCCUGAACAAGAAAAGACUUUGAAGGGCUGUAAUAGCUUCCUUCAAGCAUUUAAAAAGAUGCCCUGUGGAAGAGGGACGGGGGUUGCUCUGCUUGGCACCAGAUGACAGAAACAGGAGCAGGGGGUUGGAGAAGUCUCUGAAAGGUAGAUUUUAGCUUGACAUUAGGAAGAACUUGCUAACCCGAGACAACUUUCCCCCCUAUUGGAGGUAUUCUAUCCAGUGCCUUAUGACCCCUUAUUGGGGAUAUAAGGGAGGGGAUUCAAUUCUGCAAUUCAGUGAUUUUAUGGUUCUAAAUGUAUCUUAUACUUCUGUAAUCCCCAGGAAGACCAGGAUUCAAAUCCAGCCUCCAAUAUUUACUAGAAAUGUGAAUAUAGGUAAUUCAUUUUACCCUCUAAGCCUCAGUAUCUUAAUCUGCCCAGUGGGGAUAAUAAUAGCAUUUACUUCAUGGGAUUGGUGUAAGGACCAGUGAAAAAAAUGUAAAUUGUUUUGAAAAUCUUAAAGCACUAAGUCUUAGAAUAAAGUGUGUGCCCAUAAAUCAGGGGAUGGCUAAAGAAACUAUGAUAUAUGAAAGCAAUGGAAUAUUUUCAUGCAGCAGGAAAUGCCAAAUAAGAGGAAUUCGGAGGAACCUAGAAGGAUUUGCAUGAACUGAUGCAGGGUGAGAUAAGCAGGCCCAACAGAACAGUCUACACAGUGACUCUAACAACAUAAAUGAAAAAGAAGCCAAACUCUGUGUAAUUGGAAAACAUCCUGAGAAUGACCCCAGAGGACAAAUCAUGGGACGUAACUCUACUUUCUGCAGAAAUGUGGGGACUACAAGGGCAAACUGUUGUCCGUCAUGGUCACUGGAGUCACUGUUUCUGUUCGACUGUUUUUCUUCAUUACAAGGCAGGGCUGCAGGGGGAGGAGGAGUUGGCAAUAUCCAGAAAUGAAUGGGGUGUAAAAGCAAAGGCAUCAAUAAAACUUUUUUGGUUGAUUGCCAUGGAUAUAGUGGGGCAGAGCUUAUCAUGGUGGACCCCAAUAUGCACACAUGUACAUACACAAAGUACUUGGGAAAGUCUCAAGUCCUAAGUAUGCAGUUAAGCAGUUACCCCUAUCUCCUGGGGAUGCUGCAGGCUUUCUAUAAUGGGAGGGGGGUCACCCCUAUCUCCUGGGGAUGCUGCAGGCUUUCUAUAAUGGGAGGGGGGUCACCCCUAUCUCCUGGGGAUGCUGCAGGCUUUCUAUAAUGGGAGUGGGGAGGAGGGAAGCAUGGGGGACAGCAGCAAGGAAAAACUUCCUCUGUAAGUCCUGGAAGGAAGAGAAAUCCGUUCUAGAAAGAGAUUGUAAUCUGGAUUCCUGAGUUGUUCUUGUUUUGAUCUGGUCUUGGCAGAGUCCCCGCUUUCAUUUUCUCCACAAGUCAGGCUCUGCAGAGUUGGGAUAGGCCAAGGAACAGUGAGGGCAUUAGGACCGAGAGAAAGACACCCACUUUGCUCUGUAUUAUGUCUGGCAAAAGGCUCCCUGACUGAGUGCUGGAGUUCUGUGUGAAAGAAAGUCAGGGGCUGACUCGUUUACAUCUGUUGAUCUGACCUGCCUUGAAGCAUCAAAACAGGGAACUGCGGCUGUCAAAGCUAUUUGGGAGAAGGCCCACCCAGCUCACCCCAGGCAUCUAUUAGAAACUUGGCCAGGGCAGGAAAACACAGUGGAAGAAGCAAUUGAGAAAGAUGGACUGAUAUUUUUAAAAAUUACUUGCAAGAUAAAGAAAAGGGGCAAACGUGGUGUGGGUGUGCAGGGAAACCUAAGCUUAGGUCAGCCCCAGGGGGCUUACGGGCAGUUAACACAACUACUUUGCAGAGGAGGGAAGGGUUCAAGGGCGGGUCCAACGAGAGCCGAGUCAUCUGCAGCAGGCAGGUACUACAGACUGUCGGCAGAUGCUGGAGGGAGGCGUGAGACUACGUUAAGUGACAGGCACGUGUCUCGUGGGAGGGGACCCCCGGAAGCUGCUCCGCUGGAAGCCACCUGACCUGGGGGCCACUUAAGCGAGGGUCUGGCAGACCUCUGAGAGAGGACGAACAUGAGCUGCUGCACUGGGGGCCCUUGUGCACCAUGCUCCUAAGGAGGAGGUCCGGAGCUGGGCCCCGCAAGCUGCAGUUUCUGGUGGUGGUGUUGAUGCUGGGAUGCUCACUGGUGAUGGUGACCGUGCUGCACCCGCCACCUCAGGACCUCUUCGGGGAUCCCUCGGCCCAGGCUGAGAAGCCCAGCCCCCAAGUGGGGUAUCAGGCGGACUUUGGCAAACCCCAGGACUGGGUGCUGGAGACUGAGGAAGAGAGUCAGGAGUAUUACCCCCUGGAGGGCCUGGCCCCCUUCAUCUCCUUGAAAGAGGAUGAGCUCCUGAUGGCCGUGGCCUCCCCGAGGGGCAGCAGGAAGCAGAGCCAGAGCAGGGGGAGAGGAGGCUACCGGCUGGUGAAGCGGCAGGGCAGGAGGCUGGAGGAGGGAGCCCUGGACAGAGCCGCCUUGCACCGGGGGGCCGAGCUGGAGGGCCUCUCCCUACCGGACUCUGAUGCAGAUGACGGGGAAGAGCGGCUGGAUACGCUGGGACUGGACGCCUACGGCUUCAAUGAGGCCCUGAGCCAGCAGAUCUCUCUGCGCAGGGAGCUGCCUGAGGUCCGCAAUCCUCUGUGUCUGCAGCAGGACUAUGGCGACAAUCUGCCCACAGCCAGCAUCAUCAUCUGCUUCCACGACGAGGCCUGGUCUACCCUCCUCAGAACCGUGCACAGUGUCUUGGACACGACCCCCAGACCCUUCCUCAAGGAGAUCAUCCUUGUUGAUGACCUCAGCCAACAAGGCCACCUCAAGUCUGCACUGAGCGACCAUGUGGCCCAGCUGGAGGGGGUGAGACUGCUCAGAAGCAACAAGAGGUUGGGUGCCAUUAAGGGCCGCAUGCUGGGGGCCGCCCUGGCCGCUGGGGAUGUGCUGGUCUUCAUGGACUCCCACUGUGAGUGCCACAAGGGCUGGCUGGAGCCCCUCCUCAGCAGAAUAGCCGGUGACAGGAGCCGCGUGGUGUCUCCUAUCAUUGAUGUGAUAGACUGGAAGAAUUUCCAAUAUUAUCAUUCUGUAGACUUGCAGCGAGGGGUCUUUGACUGGGAAUUAAAUUUCCACUGGAAACCUUUGCCAGAGCAUGAGAGGAAGGCACGCCAGUCUCCCAUCAGCCCCAUCAGGAGCCCCGUGGUGCCGGGGGGAGUGGUGGCCAUCGAUCGGCAUUACUUUCAAAACACUGGAGCGUAUGAUUCCCUCAUGUCCAUUUGGGGGAGUGAAAACCUGGAACUUUCCAUAAGGGUAUGGCUCUGUGGUGGCUCUGUGGAAAUCCUCCCCUGCUCUCGGGUGGGGCAUGUCUACCGCAACCAGCCCCCCAAUGCCUCCCCUGACCAAGAAGCGGCCCUCAAGAAUAAGAUCCGAAUUGUGGAGACCUGGCUGGGCUCCUUCAAGGACACCUUCUACCAGCACAGUCCCAAAGCUUUCUCUCUGAGCCAGGCUGAGAAGCAGGACUGCAGUGAACGGCUUCAGCUGCAGAAAAGAUUGGGUUGUAGGACCUUCCACUGGUUUCUGUCCAAUCUCUCCCCGGAGCUGUACCCCUCUGUACACAAGCCAGGAUUCUCUGGAAAGCUCUACAAUUCUGGAGUUGGCUCCUGUGCAGACUGCGUCCUUGGAGGGGCACUUCUAGGAAGCUGGGUGACGCUCUCUCCCUGCAGUGACAGCUGGCAGCAACAGAGCCUGGAGUACGGCAGCAAGAAGCAAAUCAGCUGUGGAAAGACACUCUGCUUUGAUGUGAGCCAGGACGGACGGGUGAUUCUUCAGAACUGCACGGAGGAGACUCGCUCCUUCCAGAAGCAGCACUGGGAUGUUCAGGAGAAUGGAAUGAUUGUCCACAUCCUUUCGGGGAAAUGCAUAGAAGCUGUGGAGAGUGACCAUGAGAAAAACUUGUCCUUGCAACUGUGUGACGGGAAAGCCAACCAGGUAUGGAGGUUUGACCACAUGCAUGCUGUGGAUCAACGAUGAAGGCCGGAAACACCAGACAGAAGCUUGCCCUCGUGUAAGGCCCCAAGGUCCUUGAAACAGCCCAAGACUCAAGCUCUUCGGUGGCUUGGAGCAAGUCACAGCAAGAUGCAGUGAAGAGCUCGGGGUCACAAGACCUAGGUUUACAUCCCAGCUCUAUCAUUUCCUGACCAUGGGAUGUUGACCGCCGUACUUCCUUCUUUGGGCCUCAGUCUCCUCAUCUGUAAAAUGAGAGGGUGGGAGAAUACAGCCUUUGAAUUCCCUUCCAGCCCUAAGUCUACAAUCCUAUAAAGCCAUGAGAUGUCCAGGAAAUGUCCAAAAUCUCUAGUUGUGAAUCUGACGUCAGUUUAGCUGCAUAAGAGGAUCAAUACUCUUCACUACUGUGAGAAAAUGAAUGUAUAGACAGGUACUUCAACUGUCAGGAUGAAAAGACUGUCCUGUCUUAAAACCACACUCUUCACAUUUGACAUGAGAAAGGAGCCUGAACAUCUAUCUCUGGCUGUGUCUAUACAGACUUUAGCUUAAAAAGGCCCAGGCCUCCCACUGUAUCCGGGGUCAUCUGCAGUAGUCCUGACCUGGUUCUUGCCACUGGACCCAGGUGGCCCCAGAGGACAGAGUGAGGCUGGUGACUCUGCAUAGCCCUGCCUCACUUAAAUACGAUUCACCUGCAGUUCAUGACAUCACCUUGCUCAGGUGACGGUCCUCUUUGCAAAUGAAGGACAAACAACAACAGUCAUGAAAUGAAGUGAAAGAGAAAACAUGUUUUGUGCAGUGAAUCCCCUUUCUGUCCAAAUAUGGCUGCCCACAUGGCCCUGAGGAAAUCCCUUUACCUCUUUUUGCCUCAGAUUACCAUAAAAUGAAGGGGCUGGCCUUAGAGACGACUGAGGUCCUUUAUAGCUCUACGUCUGUGAACUUAGGAUACUCUGCCUAAGUCCUUGGGAAGAAACAAUCAAAGGUUCAUGUUGAGAGGGAAGAGGAGCUGUGGAAUGGGAGUGAGAGGGGAUAGGCAGGAGUCAGCAAAGCUUCAAAGUGAGUAUCUGGCUUAGCUGAGUAAUCAAACCUCAAGCGAAUCAUGAGAUGGAUCUAGGACAAUGCUGAUUCAAAUCAAUGAAACCUCCUUUCAUAAAAAUGAUGAUAGCUGGUACAUGUCUAGGGCUUUCCUAUUCACCAUCUCCCAGCAUGCUCACUACACCUUGUGAAAUGGGCAGUGAAGAUACUGGUAUCCUCUCGGUACAGGCAGGGACGACUAAUCAAAGUCCCCUGGCGAUUUGGUGGCAGAAAACCGACGUCUUUGACUCCUGGUCCAAUGUUGUCUCUACCAAACUCUGCAGCCCCUUCAGACUGUCUGUCUCCUCUCUCUUCCCCUGCGCCUAGGUUUCCAUCUCUCUGCCCUGCCCUGGCCCAUGUGAAUGAACCAAAUGUCAUUUGUUAUUCCACUUUUAACCCUUCUCACUGAAGGGAGAAAGCAGGGCUGGGCAGUCAAGGCAAACCAUGAAACAACACUGUUUCUAAUGCUGUUAUACAUACAGCUCUAUAGAUUAUCAAGAGUAAUGAAUCUUCUAUGUAUGCACACAUAGAUGUGUGUAUGUAUGUGUAUUUAUAUAUACAUACAUAUGCAUAUAUAUAUAUAUAUAUAUAUAUAUAUAUAUAUAUAUAUAUAUGUACAGUCACAGGACGGGCAAGAACGGGGUUCAAGUCCUGCUUCUGACCCAUACACAAAUCACUUAACCUCUCAGGGCCCCAUACAACUCUCUCUCCAAGACUAGUACAUAGACACACACAUCACGGCAGGUCUAUGUGUAUAUAUAUGGAUACUGGCAGCCACGUGUAGUGGAUAAAAGGCUGGCCUCAAAGGCAGCAAGACCUGGGUUAAAGCUAGUGCAUAUUAGCUAUGUGACUCUGGACAAGUUAUUUAACCUGUCAGCAUGUCCAAGAGACAUUUCUAUACCUACAAGUGUCGGAAUGGGUGCUGACCUGCAUUUGUAGAGGGAGUUUUCUCAUCAGGAGUUCCCUAUUUCAAUGAAAUCAUGUCUGAAUCCCCUCCCCCUCAAAAAAAAACAACCAUACAGUUGGCUACAAAGUUCUAGCCUCUAUUCUUUUGGGUACAAUGAAUACAUAUGUAGAGGAAAGCUGCUGAUGGUCAAAUACUGAUUCAUCCUAAACAAGAAAGAGAUUCUUGAGGAUUUGGGUUGGAGAGGAGUGGUAGAAGCUCUCAAAGGAAGGAGCAGGUAGAUGCCCCCAAUAUGGGCAGGAGGGUGGCCAUAUUUAGCAUGGGGUCUUGGGAACCACUGCACUAGAAAGUGGCUGGUGAAUAGAAGGUGCCUAAUAAAUGCUUGUUGACUUGACUUCAUUGGGAAAUUUCUCCUCCACAUGACAAUGCACAAGUUUUGCUUAAAUACACUGCUAGAUUAUCCUGCUUCUUCAAAACCAGUAUGCUUAACUUGAAUGAAAUGAUCCGUCUCUCCCUAAAAUGGAGUACCACCCCCAUUGCCAUGGCAUGAAUAUCUGAGUUUGGAAAUUUCCCUCCAAAGAUGUCCAUCUUCUGCAAGAAGUGAAUGAAUUUAAUGUAUUUCAAAUGAGUAAAAUCAGAUUUUUAUGGGCUUGAAGGGAUGCACUACUCUCAGCUUCUGUCACGUGGACACAUUACUUUUCCAAUACAUGUUAAAUAUUCAGUCCAUUUCUUCUUCCUUGUAUCAUGCUCCAGAUGGCCUUACUGUAUCUUCAAAGGAAAAAUCAUUGCACAACAAAUGCCUUUUCCAGGCUUUAGAUUUAUCUUGGUUUAAAAGGAAUCCUGAAAUUCUUAGCAACAUUUCCAAAACUUGACUUUUGAAAGAUGGCACAGAAAAUUCUGUCACAACUACAAGGUAGAAGACAGUCAAAGGUAAAGAGUAAAGAAAGAAAAAAAAAAGAUUUCUAAUUUUUACAUGAAUUUUACUGUUGGUAUUUUAUGUGUUUGGACCACAAAUUACUGGGUUAAAUUAAUAUAAUGAAAUAAAAGUUUAUUUCAAUUGUA